GUGAAGGUGAUGGUUCGUGUGUGUCCUGUGACUUCCUCAGACGCAGCAGAGUCCAGCUCCUUCCUCAAAGUGGACACCAGGAAGAAGCAAGUGACCAUCAUGGAGCCCUCAGCCAACCAGACAAAAGGCAACAACCCCCAGAAACGAGGAGGAGCCAAUCAGGUCCCUCCUAAGAUGUUUGCCUUUGACGCUGCCUUCUCCCAUGAUGCAUCACAGGCGGAGGUGUGUGCUGGUACUGUAGCUGAGGUAAUUCAGUCUGUGGUGAAUGGAGCCGACGGCUGCGUCUUCUGUUUUGGCCACUCUAAACUGG